AUGUCGGACGUCGUGCUGGAUGUGAUUGAUUUGGACGAAUCCCCGCCACCGCAGGACUCACUUCAAGACAAUGGCGAAGACGUGGACGCAGUCAUGAGGGAUGAGACCAAUGGUGAGCUCAAAGACGACGAGUUGAACGACGAAGACCUGAAUAAUCAAGAAAAUCAAGACUCCAUUGAAGACUUGGAUGACGUCGAGGAGGAUGUGCUCGAAGAGGACGACGACAUUAUCAUCAGUGAUGACGACGAAGACGACGACAACAGUCAAAGUACAGCCAAUUCUGUGUCCAAUAAGGUGACGGACAAUGGUUUGAGCGCCGGAUCGCUGAACAGCUUGGAGGCCACCCCUAACGACUCGAUGGACAGCAGUUCUGUAGUGUCGACCCCGAAGGAGACGCCCAAACCGACCGCCGAAGAGCCCACGAAAACGACUUCUUCGGAACAAAAUGGCGACGACAUUGAAGUGAUUUCUGUGACCGAGUCGUCGGACCCGACGAGUGAUGCGAAGACCCAACACUUGUUAGAUAUCGCGCCCGACAUGAGUGACGAAGAGACAGGUUUUCCCGAGUAUAUGAAGAAAGUGGUGGCGAUCGGCAAAAGGAUUGCCAUCAAUAAGAAGACGUGGAAUAACAUCGACGUCGACGUCAACGACUCCAUACUGGACUGUCCAUCACAAGUGGUUCCGCUUAUGAUUCAAAAGCCCAACACUUUCCCCGAAAAGCUUAAAGAAGUGCAAAACGAAACGCAAACCAAAUCGGAGGCCAACGCGAGCGGCGUUUCGCAGAACGCGAAGAAUAUGCUGACAAUCGCCGACUUCUACACCAGUUCUGUGGGCAAACUGUUGGUGGGGUUGGGUCUGAGCCGAGCCAAGCAGUGGUACCACAAGGACGCCAUCAGCAAAGUUAAGAAACAGAUCCGACGCGAGGGAGAGGUCGAGGAUCUGGUGGAUGAGCUGAAGACACAGCAGGAGUACUACGCGGAGUGUCGGGCGGCGAACAGUUCGUAUACAUUCCCGACGGAUAAGUGCGAUCACUGCGACUUCAGGACUGAGUCGAAACUCGUGCUCAGAGGACACAUGGCGUUCCCUCACCUCACCUCCCGACGCGAAUAUAAGUGCAAUUACUGUGAGUACAUGACUCGCGAUCCCAAACAGAUAGUAUUACACACCCAAGCGCUACACGAGGCCAAGUGUCUCAUCGAAAUCCCGCCCCAACUCUACGAGUGUCCCGUCUGUCCGUACGAGUCGGGCGUCAAAUCCAAAGCCGCCACUCAUAUAACCAAAUGCUUGAAGUUCUUCAACGCCGAGAAACUUCUCAAUCUGACCGACGCCUACGACUUCCCGACCAUUACUCCUAAACCUAUCACUCAGGAAGACAUUAAGAUAUAUGAGGCGACACUACAGGCGCUUCGUUUCGCGGCACUCAACCCGCAGACUAAAGUGCCGCACAUUCCUGGCCUUCCGACGGGUCUUCAGCACCAGAUGCUUCAGAUACAGCAGCAGCAGUUGGGUGUGAGAGGUGUUGGCAGACCUCCCAAACAGAUGUUACCGAUGAACCAAAAGGGUCGACUCAUCGCGCCGUCGAUGGGCAACCCGUAUGGCAACAAAAACGUGUCGCCACAGCUCUACCAAAUGCUGUCAACAGUUGGCGGUCACACACAACUGGUUCCCAUUCAGAACCGGAAUAAUUUACAACAGAUGAACAAAAUCGCGGCCGCGGGCGGGAAUGUCAUGAAGAUGUCGAACUCGAACUCAAAUAAACCUAAUAUUCUGGCGAAGAAUAAUAGUUCGCCUCAAAUGAGACCAAACAACGACAAUACGGGCGGUAAGAGCGGAACGUUCGUCAUCUGCGAGAUCUGCGACGGAUAUAUCAAAGAUCUGGAACAGCUUAGGACUCACAUGCAGUGGAUUCAUAAGGUGAAAAUACAUCCCAAGAUGUUGGCGAGUCGUCCGCCACUGAACUGUCAGAAGUGUCAGUGGAGGUUCUUCACGGACCAGGGCUUAGAACGGCAUCUGUUGGGCGCACACGGAUUGGUCACCUCUAAUAUGCAGGAUAUGGUGAACCAGAACCAAGACGGCGGGCGCUGUACUAUAUGUGGCCGAGUCUUCGCCAACAAAUUAGUCGCUCAUAUGAAUCAAAUGCAUAAGAUUAGCCUAAAGCCGGCCCACCUGUCCUACAAGUGCACCGUGUGUUCGGCCACAUUCAAUCUGUACCGGCUGUUUGAGAAUCACGUAUAUAUGGUUCAUUCGGGUUCAGUGAAGCGCAACGCAGAGGACGGCAGUGGAGGACCCGCUAAGAAGAAGCCGGCGCUUGAAAUGACUGCUAAUAACGGCGAGAAGAAGUCUGCGGUCAACCACUCGAUAGUGUCCGGCAAUAAAGUGGUUCUUUCGAGUGCUGUUCACAAAACUACUCAAUAAUUAGCACUUCAUAUGUCAUCCACAACUCGAUUACAAUAUUAGCGACAAUUAGUUUUGAAUUAUUUAUUAUUAAGAAACAAUAUUUUGUUAACGAAAACAUAAGUAAUUACCGAAAUUAUCUGAUUUGAGAGAUCCCUGGCCUUCAUGUCAUCAAAUCAAGAGUUGAGUCCAAAUGUCUAAUCAUUAAUACAUUAAAGAGAUUCUCUAAAUGAUAAACGAUUUAAUAGUUAAUAAAUUAUUAAAAACUAAAAUAUGUUCUCAUUUUGUUAACUGAAGCGGACGUUCAGUAUUUGUGAUACGAACCUCACAUUUGGCUAAAUAUUUCUAAAAUACAAUUUUUAGUAAUUAACUCUAAAUCAUUCAUAAAAAUAUAUACAAUUAAUAACUUAUUUGAAACAAUUAUAACUUAUUAUAAUGAAC